CGGAAACACUUCUCGCUUGCAAAAAGGCGGAUCCCUCUCUGCUACUUUGCCUUUCAGAACUUCUUUACAACCUAUUUUUCUUCCUCGGCGGGGCCCAGUUACACGCCAAAUCCAACGCAGAUAGCUCUAUCAAGUAUUAAAACGACAUUGUAUUCAGACGAGUUUUACGACCGUCCUCGCCCCCGACGACUAAAAGAGUUUUCCAGCUCUAGCUAGCUAACUUUUAACGCACUAGCAUUCAACUUGACAACUGCCCUGCAGCACCACAGGGGAGAGACAGCACCGGAGCAAACACAGGAAGAUGGGAGAUAAAGAACUGAUGUGGGCAUUGAAGAACGGGGACCUGGACGAGGUCAAAACCAAACUGGUAACGGCUGAGAAUGUAAACCGGACCCUGGAGGGUGGGAGGAAGCCUCUGCACUACGCUGUAGAUGCUGGUCAGACAGAUAUGGUGGAGUUCCUCAUUUCUAAGGGAGCAGAUGUCAAUGCUCCUGACAAACAUGGGCUCACUCCUCUGAUCUCUGCCUGUUUCGAGGGUCACCUCUCCUGUGUCAAGGUCCUGCUAGAAAAGGGAGCUGACAAAGACCGGAAAGGACCGGACGGCAUCAGUGCCUUUGAGGCUGCCGAGAGCGAUGCUAUAAAGGCUCUGCUCAAGUGAGACACCACAGUGUGGGAGGUGGCUGGACAGGUGGGUGAACAGACAGACAGAUGGAUGCAGUGGUCCCCUGACAGAAGAUGGACUCACUCCUUUUACCCUUAUCAACCUCUGUCUUAACACUGCUUUUGUCUGUUUGCUGGACGGUCAUGUUGUCUGUCUGGUGAUUUUCUUUACCUUGUUUUUUAUUUUUUUAUUUUUUUUCUUUUCCCCAAGUUUUUUGGGAUAGGAUUUUCUCUUCUUUUGGUCUCUGUUUCUAGCCAUUUAACAGAAGGACUUGUCAGUUAUGUCUCCCUUAGGGACCAGUCACCGGGGGAGUGCUCUCAUUCCUGGAUCCUAAUAAAACACUGCAGACUAGAAAUCAAAUUCUGUAACGUAAACACAAAGCUUAUCACUUAAAUACACCUCUUUCAUUUGCAGUUGUCUCUUAAAACUGUAAAGUAAUCAAAUGACAAUAAGAUCAAUAGUGUGUUAAUAUUUUUUUACAACUUCAGUAAAAGUAUUGUGUGGCCAGGGCUUAAUCUCAUGAACAGUAAUUGCACUGUACUAUACUAGAUAGAUUGAAAAGAAAGGUUGUAAAGUUAUUUCAUUAUAUUAACCUUUCAUCAUGUGUGGCCUCUUCCUUUACCUUGAGUUUUUUUUUUUUUAAUAGACCAAACUGUCCCUCCAGUCCAAUAUUAAAAUUUUGGGAAUGUUGGGUGAGAGAGAUCCAAAGGUCCGAUUUUCCUUUUCUACUUGGCCCUGAAUCACUUACAUAUCAAACGGUGUUUUUUGACAGAUUUUACGUUGGUAAUGCAUAAAAGGUUUUCUGUAUUCUCUGACCAAUCACCAUGCUGGCUAACUAGAAAAAGACUUGAAUGUUACCACUUAGAAAUUUGUUACUGAAUCCUUUUUGAAGCAACGUUAACCAUCACGUAGUAGGAUGAGGAAUUUUAGAAAUUGGUUCAUUUUGUCACCCCUGGAGUGAGAUUUCUUUUUCGUUGCAGCUUCUCCGUGUAUUUUGUAAUUGAUGGGCUCUGGUGGCUCUGAAUGAGGGAUAAAUGGGGGUUGGAGUUGAAACUGGAUGGUAGGGGCUGUUGGUAUUCCCCUUGCCUUUGGUUAGAAGCCCCGCCUGUUUCGCUGCAUGUCAAAACUGCCUCUGCUUUUACGCUAUGAAAUGGUCGCUGUCCUCUCUUGGUUGCUUUCAAAUGAAUUACUACAAUGUAAUGGACAAAAAAAAAAAAAAAAGAUGCUCUUGCUGACUUUGUUGUGACAAAAA